GCGGCGGCGGCGGGGGAGGGGCACGGCGUCAGCGCGUCGCCGGCUGGGCCGCGCCGGUGGCCAGGAGGGAGAGACAAGGAGGAGGAGGAGGUACCUCUGCAUUAGCCAGAUUGGAUAUAUGUAAGGAGAAAAAUCAGUAUAUGUGGACCAUCAGGUUGUGCUUUAAGAAGACUAUAGGGAAGAACACAUUUUCUUCUUGCCACAGAAGUUGCAAUAGAAAAUCUGUGAAGGCUUAAAAGGGCCCAUGAGUCUUCUCAUCGUUGAGCCGUUCUGUGGAGGAUCCCAUAAACAGCUGGUGGAUCUGCUCCAAGAAGAGUUAGAAGACUGUGUCCUUUAUACCCUUCCUGCAAAGAAAUGGCAUUGGAGAGCACGGACAUCGGCUUUAUACUUCUCCCAGAAUAUUCCCAUCAGUGAACAGUACAGGAUCCUCUUUGCAAGCUCAGUGCUGAACCUGACCGAACUGGCUGCCCUUCGACCUGACCUUGGGAAAUUGAAAAAGAUUCUGUACUUCCAUGAGAACCAAUUGGUAUAUCCUGUCAAGAAAUGUCAGGAGAGGGAUUUCCAAUAUGGAUACAACCAAAUUCUCUCAUGCCUGGUGGCUGAUGUGGUGGUGUUCAACUCGGUUUUUAAUAUGGAGUCAUUUCUUACCUCUAUUGGAAAAUUUAUGAAGCUGAUUCCUGAUCACAGACCCAGGGAUCUGGAAAGCAUCAUCAGACCCAAGUGCCAAGUUAUUUACUUUCCCAUCAGGUUUCCUGAUGUGAGCAGAUUCAUGCCCAAGAACAAAACAACCCAUUUACAGAAGAUUCUCAGCCUUAAAGGAAAUGGUGGCACUUCUCCAUCAAUGGCCCUUCCUUUCCAACAGGAGCAGAAAGGUUCUGAGAAUUUAUUGAAGAAUUCUAAUUCAGAGUCUGGACCUCGCAAUGCAGCGCCACAAGAAAACCUGGGUAGCUCAUUAACACAGGAAUCAGACUGGAGGACAUGCAACUCAUCAGAUAAUUCAAGUUCUCAUCAUCAGGAAAAUACACAAAAUACGACUUUUAAUCCCCGUGACAUUUUGGGUGGAAUUGAUGAUCCGCAAAGGCCACUGCACAUUGUGUGGCCUCACAGGUGGGAGCAUGAUAAAGAUCCAGAGAGUUUUUUCAAAGUAUUAAUGCACCUUAAGGAUUUAGGACUCAAUUUCCAUGUGUCUGUCCUUGGAGAAACCUUCACAGAUGUCCCAGAUGUAUUUUCAGAGUCCAAAAAGGCACUGGGAUCGUCUGUCAUACACUGGGGCUACUUACCCAGCAAAGAUGACUAUUUCCAAGUACUGUGCAUGGCCGAUGUUGUCAUCUCAACGGCUAAGCAUGAAUUCUUUGGAGUAGCAAUGUUGGAAGCUGUGUAUUGCGGUUGUUACCCACUCUGUCCCAGAGAUUUGGUUUAUCCCGAAAUAUUUCCAGCUGAAUAUCUGUAUUCUACACCUGAACAGCUUUCAAAAAGGCUCCAGAAUUUCUGCAAGAGACCAGAUAUUGUAAGAAAACAUCUUUAUAAGGGUGAAAUGACUCCUUUUUCUUGGGCAGCCCUACACGGUAAAUUCAGGUCUCUGCUUACAACAGAACCUAGGGAAGAUUUGUGACAGAUGGGGCUAAGUCACAAACUUGCAGCCUAAGGCAGAAUCUGUAGAACUUUCCAGAGUGUGCCCAUAUUUACCUGAUCAGAGAGAAAAGAAAAUCUGCAGAGGAAGCUGAGCCUGGCUGCUUGUCAUAGCUGACACAGAGCCAUCUGCCACAAACCUGUGGCGGCUUCAGAUCUCCCAUCCCUGCCACCACCCCAACUCAAAUUAAAUACAGAUUCCUAGAGACGUUAGGAUGGUUACACAUGUCCUCGGCAUCACAUGGAGGAGACUGUUCAAAAAAAAUAUGUGGCCUGUUGUAUAACCGCACUCAUGUAUCCCAUAUGUGGUGCCACAUUGAAUUUCCGGUUGAAUCCGUUUUUAUCCUUUGUACUGGAUGACAUGGUGCCUGAAUUCUUUCUUUUUGCCGACACGAUGGCAGCCAAACUGCAGCUUCAAAAGCUCGCGCUUGGCUGGGUUUCCACCUAGGUUGCCAGGUUAUCAUUGGAACCUUCUUGUGUCCUCAAAGGGCCACGGGGUCUGAACAGACGAUCAGAAUGCUACCAGACUAAUUGGGCAGCCAUCUCAGAAUUGUUCGUGGGCAAAGGGCUGCUUUAGCACUUUUAUUUUAGCAAAUUAACGACUCUCUGGCACAGGGAUUUUUAAGUGAAGGUAUUAAUAAGGGGUCUGGCAGGUAGUCCCAUGAUUCACAGAAAAGUUACAUUUGCAUUUAAUUUGUUUUAAAGUUGUGAGAUAAACAGCUGUAAUUUGGACAAACAUGGGAAACACACUAAGUGGGGCCAUCUUGCCCAUAGAAGGAACACUGAGAUACUUGUUUUAAUUUUUUUCCUGGGGUAAAAACAGAGAAAUCAAAAUACUUCCACUAAAGCAGUAAUUUUGAUAGAAAUAUCCCUCAAAAAUACUUGCAUCCAGCUACAAAUAUAAUCUUUUCAAGAUAAAUCGCUUAUGAUUCCAAUAGUCAAGCUGCUGUAUUUGUUGAUAUAAAGAUGUUUUGAACAGCUAGAUUGUAAAAUAAAUUUUUAAUAAAGUG